AUGCUCUUCUGGCGUAAUGGCCUGUUUGCAGUCGGCCCCGAAUCAGCCGGUGCUCAUCCAGGACCAGCUUGUUAUCGAAAGGGUGGUCCUUUGACUAUCACAGACGCAAAUCUGUUCCUCGGAAGAAUCGUGCCAGAGUAUUUCCCCAAGAUCUUCGGACCCAAUGAGGAUCAACCACUAGGAACAGAGAUUGUUAUGAAAUUGUUCAAUGAGCUGACCGAGGAAAUCAACAAUGACAACCGCGCAGCAGGGCGAGCCGAGUUUUCACCUGAAGAGGUUGCACUAGGGUUCCUGCGUGUUGCGUCAGAAGUUAUGGCACGCCCAAUACGUGCUUUGACUGAGGCCCGUGGCCAUGAUACUUCAGACCAUAUACUAUCUUGUUUCGGGGGUGCUGGAGGUCAGCAUGCUUGUGAUGUUGCUGCCGCCUUGUCUAUCUCUCAAGUCGUCAUCCACAAGUACUCAUCAAUUCUCAGUGCCUAUGGCCUCUCCUUGGCGGAUGUUGUGCAUGAAUUGCAGAGACCAGCUGCAAUGGCCUUUGCACCAUCAAAAUUUACAGAGAUUGCAGCAACACUCAACGAGUUAUCUGAGACGGCCACAGAACAUCUGAGAAACCAGAAGCUCGGUGACGAUUUCAUUCGCCUCGAACUAUACCUCAAUAUGCGAUACGAAGGUUCCAACUCUUCUUUCAUGAUCAUGCAGGAGCCACACCAGAAGAUCCAGAACUUCCAAAAGACAUUUGAAGAGAGGCAUUCCCGGGAAUUUGGGUUCGUAUUUCCCGAGAAGAAAAUCCUUAUCGACGAUUUCCGUGUCCGUGCAAUCGGAUCAUCAGCUAAGAUUGCUGGGGAGAGCCCAUACCAACAGCUGAAGAGAGUUUCAGAAAAGGUUUUAGCUGUUCCAGAGCCAGAGACGCAGACGCUCAUAUGUUUUGACGCCAAGUCGGGACAUAUCAGCACUGGUGUCCAUCUACUUGGACAUCUAGAGCCAGGGACAAGACUUUCAGGUCCUGCGUUAAUUCUUGACAAGACUCAGACGAUAUUGGUAUCUCCCGGAUGUCUUGCAACAGUACUGGAUAGCACGGUCAUGAUCGAUCUUGCUGAGCCAGAAAGGAAAGCCACCGAUGCAGUCGCUACUGCUGAUAAUGUCAACCCCAUCAAAUUAUCCAUCUUUGGCCACAGAUUCAUGUCCAUUGCCGAACAGAUGGGGCGAACUCUCCAGAAGACUUCUGUAUCGACCAAUAUCAAAGAAAGGCUGGACUUCUCGUGUGCCCUGUUCUCGCCUGAUGGUGGUCUUGUGGCUAACGCUCCUCAUGUCCCGGUCCAUCUGGGUAGCAUGCAGUUUUGUGUCAGGCAUCUCCACCAUAUGUGGAUGGGCAAGCUUGAAGAGGGGGACGUGUUACUCUCAAACCACCCAGCAAGUGGUGGUACCCAUUUACCGGAUCUUACUGUUGUGACGCCGAUAUUCGACAAUGGCGAAAUCGUUUUCUACGUUGCGUCCCGGGGCCAUCAUGCCGAUAUUGGGGGAAGUAGACCAGGAUCAAUGCCACCGGACUCUAAAUGGCUGUAUGAGGAAGGCGCUGCUAUCUUUGGCGACAAGAUUGUAAGCCAUGGACGUUUCAAUGAAGAGAGAGUUGUUGAGAUGCUGCUGCACGAGCCUGCGAAGUACUCAGGGAUUUCUGGAACACGAGCACUGAGUGACAACCUGUCAGAUCUCAAAGCCCAAAUAGCGGCAAACAAACAGGGCAUCAAUCUUAUUCAAGCCUUGAUCGAGGAACACACUUUGAAACAGGUCCACAAAUACAUGUUCGCUAUCCAAGAUAACGCCGAGGAGGCAGUUCGAAAUCUUCUCAAGAAAAUGAACACGUCCGGAGCGGCACUGCAGGCGGUGGAUUUUAUGGAUGACGGGACCCCAAUCGCUCUCAAGAUAACCAUAGAUGAGAAUACCGGCUCGGCAACUUUCGAUUUCAGCGGCACUGGUUCACAAGUCUAUGGAAACACGAAUGCCCCGAUUGCCAUAACCCACUCCGCAAUCAUAUACUGCCUGCGGGCACUUAUCGCUUCCGACAUCCCUCUCAAUCAAGGUUGUCUCAAGCCAAUCGACAUUCGGAUCCCCGAGCAAUCGAUCCUGACGCCCGCAGCGGGUGCUUCAGUAGUCGGUGGAAACGUUCUCACAUCCCAACGCAUCACAGACGUAAUUUUAACGGCCUUCAGCGCAUGUGCUGAUAGCCAGGGCUGUAUGAACAAUUUGACCUUCGGAAUUGGAGGCAAAGCCACCAACGCCGAUGGCGAGGAGAUAGUAGAAAAGGGAUUCGGAUACUACGAGACCAUCGGUGGUGGAGCUGGUGCUGGCCCAACAUGGGACGGAACCAGUGGUGUCCACACCCACAUGACCAACACACGCAUUACUGACCCUGAGGUGUUCGAGAAGCGAUAUCCAGUUCUCCUGAGGGAAUUCAGCAUACGUGAGGGUUCCGGUGGUGAGGGACUUCAUCCUGGUGGAGAUGGUAUCGUGAGAGAUAUCGAGUUCCUGGUGCCCAAGGUUCAGGUAUCGAUUCUCUCGGAGAGGAGGUCGAGAGCGCCAAAAGGAAGUCAUGGUGGAGGUGAUGGCUCCAUGGGAAGGAAUCUAUGGGUCAGGAAGGAGGAUGGUAUGGUGAUUAAUCUUGGAGGUAAGGCCACGGCGAGCUUUGACAAGGGAGACAGGAUCAUUAUCAACACUCCUGGUGGAGGUGGCUGGGGACGAAAAGAAGCUGUGUAA